AUGGCUGGCACGAGUAAAGCUGAUGAUGGUGGUGAUUUCACUAAAUCACUUGAUUCAUCUGCGAAAAAUGAUAUGACUGGCAUUAAUGCGAAGGUGGAAGAUAUUGGUGGCGAUGAUAUUGUGCACAAAGCGCUUAAUGACGGUAUUCAAGACAGAAGUAAUAAAGAUGGAAGUAAUACGCAGCAAAACGACAAAAAAAUAGGUGAAACGAAAAAAGAAGAAUUGGAGAAGCGUAAAGAACGAGAAGCAGCAUUGACCGAGGAGGAAUUAAACAAGCUUCGAGAAAAGUCUAAAGCUUUAAAAACUCAGGGGAAUGAUUAUUUUGGCCAAGGAUUUUGGUACGAAGCAGCACAUUUUUACACAAAAUCUUUGGAUACUUGUCCACUCAUAUACACUAGUGAUAGAGCAACAUAUUUGAGCAAUCGAGCUGCUGCACAUAUGAAACUCAGGGACUGGGAAAAAGCUAUUGAAGAUUGUAGUGAAGCGUUGGAAAUUGGUGCACCAAAUGAUAAGCCCUUAGAAAGACGUGCUCACUGUUAUGCUCAAUUGGAAGAGAAAUAUGAACAAGCCGUUGAAGACUUUGAAUCGUUAUUAAAAAUGUAUCCUGAAAGAAGGAAGGAUUAUGCCAAGAGAAUUGCUGAUUUAAAACAGGCAAUUGAUGAACGGAAUGAAAGGAUGAAGAAGGAAAUGAUUUCGAAACUGAAAGAUUUUGGAAAUAUGUGCUUGAAACCUUUUGGUUUAUCAACGGAUAACUUCGAAAUGGUGCAACAACCUGGUGGAGGAUAUUCGAUAAAUAUGAAAAAAUGA